GUUAAGGCUGACGAAAUCACUUGAUUGUCAAAAUUCUCAGUAAUGCUGCAACUUCAGAAAAUUUAUAGAUUUCGUCAACUUAGCCAGUCUUAUCAAAUACGUUUAUGGUCAAGUGCGGCAAGCAGAGUUCAAUCUUACGUGCCACAAAUUCAGAGACAGGCGGCUUGCCGCCAGUUCUUACCAAACUUUGGCCAUUAUAAAUCGGCAACUUCAUUAACUGCCGUUACGUACAGCUCGCGCAGAACUUUGACGCAGUGCAGCACUGAAAUGGCCAGCAAAACAUCACAUUUUGUAUUGCCCAAUACGCAGCCCAUUGCCGACUUGGAUUGCAAAAAUGCAUUUGAGAAUCUGACAGAUAAGGAGAAGCUCUAUGCUCAUUACUUUAGCAAAGCAUCAUGGAACGGCGGCCUCAUUGCGCUCAUACAGUCAAGCCCUGAAGCACCGCUGAUUUUCUCACUACUGCAUCGUAUCUUUGUGGCUGAAAAGCCCGCCGAGCUGAAGGUUAAUGCUCUUAAGGCAGGUGCAACUGAGGAUGACUUCACUGCAUUUCUUGUGUACAGCUGCGGCGUGUUUGCCAAUGCUGGCAACUAUAAAGGCAUGGGUGAUAGCAAAAUCUUGCCUAAUCUCAGCGAGGAUAAAUUUGACGCAAUUGUGCGUUCCUCAGCAGCAUUUAGCGCAGAGCCACGUGUUGCGAAGAUCUAUGAAAAAGUCAAGAGUCUCAUCUAUGCUCUGGAAUCACGCAAUGAAAUACUUGGAUUUGCACCCGAUGGCGUAACCACCUAUUGGUCGGACAACUGCACCAAAGAGGACUCGGAUAUAGUCAACUCCUGGCUUACAUCCAAACGCAUUGAGCCUUACAUGUGUCGCACAUUUAAAAUCGAGGAGAAUGGCCAGACAGUUUAUGAUGUCAAGCUGGGUUCUAUUGCACAAUCCACCAAGGAAGGUAUCACCUUGCCUCUGGAGCAGUAUAAAGGACAUAAUUUCCGUGUAACACGCGGCGAUUACCAACCAUUGCUGCAGCGUGUCAAUGAAAACUUGCAACAGGCCAAAAAGUACGCCGCCAAUGAAAAUGAAUCCAACAUGAUUGAGCACUAUAUCAAAUCCUUUGAAGAAGGCUCUUUAGCUGACCACAAAGAUGGCUCUAGAUGGUGGAUUAAGGACAAGGGACCUGUUAUUGAAACGUAUAUUGGUUUCAUUGAGACUUAUCGUGAUCCUGCAGGUGGACGUGCUGAAUUCGAGGGAUUUGUGGCCAUGGUAAACAAGGAAAGCUCUGCCAAAUUUUCUGAAUUGGUUAAUCGUGCUGAGAAACUCUUGGAGUAUUUGCCUUGGACGGAACCCUAUGAGAAAGAUUUGUAUUUAAAGCCAGACUUUACAUCACUGGAUAUUCUCACAUUUGCUGGCAGCGGCGUUCCUGCGGGCAUUAAUAUACCCAACUAUGAUGAAAUCCGUCAAGACGAAGGAUUCAAGAACGUCUCCUUGGGCAAUGUGCUGGCCAACAUUAAUCGCAAGGAUCCCAUACCAUUCUUGUCUGAAGAGGAUCAAACGCUAAUGAAGGAAUAUAAAGUCAAGGCAUUUGAAGUGCAAGUGGGCUUACAUGAAUUGCUUGGACAUGGCAGUGGCAAACUGUUCCGCAUUGAUGAGAAUGGCGCUUACAACUUUGAUGAGAAGAGUGUGAAGAAUCUUAUUACAGGCGAGCCCAUUACCAAGUGGUAUCUACCGGGCGAAACAUAUGAUACGAAGUUUGGCGCUAUUGGUUCAUCAUACGAGGAGUGUCGUGCCGAGGCUGUAGGUCUCUAUUUGUCCUUGCAACAUGAUAUUUUGGAAAUAUUUGGCUUUAAGGAUCCUGCCGAGCAGGACGACAUUAUUUAUAUUAACUGGCUUAGCCUUAUCUGGAACGGCAUGGGUGUGGCUUUGGAAAUGUACAAUCCCAAAUCCAAGCUUUGGCUGCAAGCACAUUCGCGUGCACGUUUCGUUAUCAUGAAAGUGCUAUUGGAGGCGGGUGAAGGCUUUGUUACCAUUGAAGAGACUGAAGAUGGCAAGAAUCUGCUGCUUACAUUAGAUCGCAGUAAGAUUCAAACCGUUGGCAAGAAAGCGCUUGGAGAUUUCCUCACUAAAUUGCAAGUGUACAAGUCAACUGCGGAUAUUGAAGCCGCUUCCAAAAUGUACGAACAUUUCUCUGAGGUCAAUGAGGACGGCACUCAUCCUUGGGCCAAGUGGCGUGAUAUAUGCCUGGCGCAUAAAAAGCCAAGAAUUAUCUUGGUGCAAGCCAACACCAUGGUCAAUGGUGAUAAGGUCGAGCUGAAGACCUACGAGCCAACCCACGAAGGAUAUAUACAAUCUUGGGUCGACCGUUAUCCCUCUACUGACGUUGAUGAAGUGCUGGAGAGUAUUGUAGAGCAGGAUAAAAAGUAUUUCCCCAUUGCAUUUAAAAAUUAGAGCUACAACUUUCUCUGCAACACAUGAAUUUUAGAAUUGAAAAUAAACAAAAA